AGUUGGUUUGAAAAUGAGCAAGCGUAGAAAGCUUCCGGCUCAGCAACCAGCUUGUCCUGAGACCUUCAGCCCAGACGUUCUCAAUGACGUGUCUGAGCUCUUUGCCAAGAACUUUUCCUACCGGAAGCCACUCGAUAAUGAGUGGCAGCUGCCAGCUCCCACUGAGAGCUUCACCUGUGAGCACAUCAAGUUCAGGGCUUUUCUUGACUUGAAGAACUCCCUCAACGAAGUGAAAAACCUCCUGAGCGAUAAGCAGCUAGCCGAGUGGCACAGUCACACUGCCUUCACCAACAAGGCAGGAAAAAUCAUCUCACAUGUCAAGAAGGCGGUGAACGCAGAGCUCUGCACUCAGGCCUGGUGCAAAUUCCAGGAGAUCCUGUGCAGCUUCCCGCUUAUUCCACAGGAAGCCUUUCAGAAUGGAAGACUAAAUUCUCUGCACCUGUGUGAAGCUCCAGGCGCCUUCAUAACUAGCCUCAACCAUUACCUGAAGUCUCACCAGUUCCCCUGUGAAUGGAGUUGGGUAGCUAACAGCCUGAAUCCAUACCACGAGGCAAACGACAAUCUUAGGAUGAUUACGGACUACCGGCUGAUUGCAAAUACCUUGGACAGCUGGUACUUCGGCCCAGAUAAUACUGGUGAUAUCAUGACCCUAAAAUAUCUGACCGGGCUGCAGGAUUUCCUCAGUGGCAUGUCUCCCAUUCACUUGGUCACCGCUGAUGGGAGUUUUGAUUGCCAAGGAAACCCAGGAGAACAGGAAGCUUUAGUCUCUUCUCUGCUUUAUUGUGAAGCUGUCACUGCUCUGACCACUCUUGGAAAUGGUGGCUCUUUUGUUCUAAAGAUGUUUACAUUGUUUGAACAUUGUUCUGUGAACCUCAUGUACCUGCUAAACUGUUCCUUUGACCGAGUUCACGUUUUCAAACCUGCUACUAGCAAGGCGGGAAACUCAGAAGUCUAUGUGGUGUGUCUCUCCUAUAAGGGAAGAGAGGCUGUUCACCCUUUGCUAUCUAGGAUGUUGUUGAACUUUGGCACUGACAUGACCAGGAAGGCGCUCUUUCCCCAUCAUGUGAUCCCCAAAUCCUUUCUUGAGCGACACGAAGAGUGUUGUACCUUCUUUCAUAGAUACCAAUUAGAGACUAUUUCUGAGAACAUUCGUCUUUUUGAGAGCAUGGGAACAGGGGAACAAGAGAAACUGAAUACUUUAAGGGACUGCGCUGUACAAUAUUUUAUGCAAAAAUUUCAACUGAAGCCUCUUUCUAGGAAUCACUGGCUCGUUAAAAAAUCCAAUAUUGGUUGUAGUACGAACACGAAGUGUUUUGGACAGAGAAACAAGUGUUUUAAAACCUAUAAUGAGCGGAAGAUGCUGGAAACCCUUUCAUGGAAAGAUAAAGUAGCCAAAGGCUACUUCAAUAGUUGGGCAGAGGAACAUGCCGUCCAUCAUCCCGGGCAGAAGUCCCUCCUAGAAGGGACUGUUUCCAGUCUCGAGUGCCGCUCAUGGCAGAUCUUAGAAGGAAAGAAACUGCCGAAGGUAAAAUGGUCGCCUUUCUGUGAUAGUGAAAUUUUAAAGACUCUUAAUGAAGCCAUCGAGAAGUCCUUAGGAGAAGCUUUGAGUGUGGACUCCAAAGUCAGUCCCAAGCAGCAAUUCCGCUGUUGUCACAUCUUUUCAGAAGAGUCGGUGCUAUCCGAGUUGUUGAGCCUUACCAAGUGCCUUCAGGAUGAGCAGGGUACAGAACCCAGCAACCCAAUCAAGUGCCUGCUUGUGGGCUCACCGACUGUCUGUGAUCUCCAAAUGUACUCGCCACUGGAGGUCCAGCUUCUGGAAUCCGCGGAACUCACAGCCUUCAGCUGUUCGCUGCUUCAUGACGGUGACCCAGCUUACCAGCAUCUGUUUUUGGAUUGCCUGCUACACUCACUGAGGCAGCUUCACACAGGAGACACGAUGAUCUUGCCGAUCCUUUCUUGCUUCACGAGAUUUAUGGCUGGCUUGACCUUUGUCCUCCACAGCUGUUUCAGAUUUAUCACAUUCUCUUGUCCCACGUCCUCUGAGCCCCUCAGGACCUGUGCUGUCCUGCUGUGCAUUGGUUAUCAGAACCUUCCAGAUGCAGUGUUCCAGUUUCUGCAGAAUGUUAAUGAACUCUUGAGCACACUGCUCCACCCCAGUGCCCCCCAGCAGGUUUUACAGUUCGUGCCAAUGGAGGUGCUCCUUCAGGGGACACUGCUUGAUUUUUUGUGGGAUUUGAAUGCUGCCAUUGCUAAGAGGCAUUUGCAUUUGAUUAUCCAAGGAGAGAGAGACAAAGUCAUCAGCAGCCUUGAGUUGUAAAAUUGAACACGGCAUUGAUGACGUGUUGCUUUGUGGCUUACGGUUUCUGAUUUCAUUUUACCUGUCCUAUUUAUUUAAUAAUUUUCAUUUUGGAGAGAUGUCAAUUUGUGUAUUAAAGGACAUUAAUCAUGGGAAGUCCUAGCUGAUCUGAAGGAUCUAUGACUCAUAGGACAGAGGUUUUGUGGUAGGAGCCCUACACUGAUAGUAUUGAGCCUUUAAUCAUGUGACAUCUAUAUGUGCUUGGGGUGACUACACACUUGCUUGUGUAUGCAGUUGAGCCGGUCUUAUCUGCUGCAGAUUUGCACCACGUGCCUUCUUUCAGACUUUUUUCCCCCAACUGAUUCCUCUCUCUGGCUGAUGCUGUUAGUGAUUGUUAGAGGUUAUUUAUUCAUGGCAGGAAGUGAGUCACUCUUUGGCAUCACUAUUUACCUGGAAGCACUUGACAUGUCCAUGGAUUUCAGGGAUCUUUAUACCCAAUUUCUUGAUAUUUGCCAUUCAUUGCCUUAAGAUCAGUGGCUCAAUUUUCUUUGAAUUGAAGUGAAAUGUGGAUUUUUUUUUUUUUUUUUUUGUAUGACUGUUUUGCUAGCUACAACUAUCCAACUAACAAGAAAGAACAGCUUUAAGUCAAAACCAAAGGUCGUUUUUGUACAGUGGAAAAUUGUGUCUAGUACUCUUUUGUCAUGAAAAGCUUCCUUCAGCAAUGCAGCAAUGUUGGCAUUUUUAAUGUCCUGGAAAGAUGGUUUUAAGGCUUGGUGUAUAGUCUCCUGUGGGUUACAUCGGCGUGUCAUAGUCAUGGUGAACACUUGAGGGAAAAAUGUGACUAAAUGAUGAAUAAACAAAUUUUCAAUCUUUAUAGGUUUUUUUUUUUAGUGUGAAAAUAGCACUUUACUAAGAUUAUCCAUGAGAUAGAUAUUUUAUCAGUUUUAUUUUAUUUUGUUGAGUAAUAUAUAUUUAGUAAUAUAAUGAACUUUUCUA